AUGUCUGCCGACACGAUGAUGGCAGGUCCGGCACCUGGCCCGGCCGUGGAGGUCAAUGGCCUACAUUCACCACCCGAUUCGAAUAUGAAAGACGCCAGCGACAGCGAGCUUUCCGACCUCGAGGACGAACAAACAGCGGCACCAAAGCCCGAACCCGUCGACGAUAUAGGAGACAUCGAGCCCGAGUAUUAUUCGGAUGGCGGUGUCCCUGUAUUCGUCCCUACGAUGAAACAAUUCGAGGAUUUUACACUUUUCAUGAAAAAGAUCAACAAAUACGGCAUGCUAUCUGGUAUUGUCAAAGUCAUUCCACCCGAGGAGUGGAAGGCAGCACAACCACGACUCGACGAACAAGUAAAGACAAUCAGAGUCAAAGAACCGAUUAAACAGGACAUAAUGGGUACGAGCGGUACAUACCGACAGGCCAAUAUGGUCCAUCAACGGUCAUACAAUCUCCCGCAAUGGCGUCAACUGUGUGAUCAGAGUGAGCAUCAGCCACCAGCGAGGAGAGGAGAACGGCGAGCAAAUCAAGAUAAGCCCUCACGAGCAUCGGCAAGGCCUAAAGCAGUUGCCAGUAUUGAAACUCCUACUUCCUCGGCUUCCAAGCGUCGUCGCGGCCGUCCUUUCAAAGCCGCCGCGAAGGGGAAACGGGGAGUGACUGUGGAUACUGAGGACGGAGGGCAAAGCACGCCAGACCGUCUACCAACUCCAGUCUCUCCUUCCAUGCAGCAAGAUGAGGGAUCCGUCAAGGGCGAGGAUGUCGAUGAUGACGACGAUACGCCAAUCAAGGGGAGAAUGGGAUCGAGGCAAGCCAAAGCAGUAUCUGUAUCAUCUCGAAGGAAGAAUAAUCGUAGAGAAAGAGAAGGCAAGGUGGACGAGGCGGCAUUUAAAGAUUUCAACUACGAGCUUGAAGGAGACGAAUACACGCCAGAACGAUGUGAGGAGCUUGAGCGAGCGUAUUGGAAGACGCUCACGUAUGCUCCACCCCUUUACGGUGCAGAUAUGCCUGGGACCUUAUUCGAUGAACGGACUAAAGCAUGGAACCUAGGAAAGCUUGAUAAUAUCCUAGACGUUCUAGGCUCAAAUAUCCCAGGUGUAAAUAGUGCUUACCUUUACCUGGGUAUGUGGAAAGCAACUUUCGCGUGGCAUCUGGAGGAUGUCGACCUCUACAGCAUUAACUACUUGCACUUUGGUGCACCCAAGCAGUGGUACAGCAUUGCGCAACCAGACGCGAGACGUUUCGAAGCUGCCAUGAAGACUAUCUGGCCUACGGAUGCUAAAGCAUGCGACCAAUUCUUGCGCCAUAAGACUUUCUUGAUCUCGCCAUCUCACUUGUUGUCUAAUUACAACAUCAAAGUCAACAAGAUCGUUCACAAACCGGGCGAGUUUGUCAUUACCUUUCCUUAUGGAUACCACUCCGGGUAUAACCUUGGUUAUAACUGUGCGGAGGCAGUCAACUUUGGUCUUGAAGAAUGGCUACAGUAUGGCAGGGUUGCUAAGAAAUGUGACUGCGAUCAGGCGCAGGACAGUGUGUGGAUCAACGUCCAUGACCUCGAACGCAAAAUGAGAGGCGAAGAGACAGAGUUCGAAGAAUCUGAUGAAGAAGAAGAGGAAGAUGAAGAUGACGAGGACGAAACCAAUACCUCAAACCUCGCCACUAUUCCUGAGCAUGGUAGUUUGAAGACUAAAGUUCCUAAGCAGAAGCGUAAGCGACCUAUCGACGACAAGGGUGGCAAUGCAAGCAAUAAGAGGACCCGAUUCCGUAUCAAGGUACCUGCGAAGGAGCCGUGCAUACUCUGUCCAAAUGAUAUCCCAUCCGAGCCGUUGCUACCGACCGGUAACAAUGGUGAGAAGGUUCACCGCAUCUGUGCACAAUACAUUCCCGAAACCUCUAUCGAAGAAGGUAAAGUCAUCGACGUCGAGCAUAUCCACAAGGAUCGAAUGGCACUCAAGUGCAAUUAUUGCAGAUCCAAGAAGGGAGCGUGUUUCCAAUGCUCUCGCAAGAAGUGCACUCGGGCAUAUCAUGCCACUUGUGCGGCUGCUGCUGGCGUGUUUGUUGAGCAAGGUGAGACUGCUGUGUUUGGCGAAGAUCAGAAGGAGUACAAGGACUGGGGUAUCGAAUUUGGCUGUCGCUUCCAUCGUGUCAAGCGGGACAAGAAACAUGAUUAUGAGUUCCUCUCGCAAUCAGAGCGUAUUCGCAAAGCUGGAGCAGCAUUCCAAGUCGGUGACGUCUGUCAAGUUCAAUAUCACAAGGGUGAUAUAUGGGCCGGUUCAGUGGUCGAGAACUGUAAAGACGAAGAAAUGCUUCUACUCGAUGUUCUUCCGCGAGGGGAUCGUGUUGAGGUAUCUUAUACCUGGCUGCUACUACCGGAUCCUGCAGAUUAUCAUCUCACCAAACCAUCAGCGAAUGCUAUUCCUAUGCCCAAGAGCCGAAAGGACAAGGAGUUGCUCAAUACGAGCAAGCGUCAAGCCGAUGAUAAUCCACGAAAAGAUGAUCCUUUCGUUGAAGGUCAUACGUGGGCAGAAUUUGCCUGUCCGGGUGUUGCCAUCAAUCCCCACCAGGUCAAGGUCGACAUGUCGAAAGAAUACCAGACGUGGUUUUAUCUGGGCAAAACAUCCACUGAAGCCAGAGCACAAUACACCGAGAAUCCAUUCAUUAAACGUCACAAUCCACGGGGGAACUUCCUGGAUACGAUUCCAAAGACUGUCAUUGUUGCACCACGCCAAUCUUACGCUGCUUCAUACCCUACGAAUGCAAAGAAUUCCACGCCAACUCCUAUCCGACCGCCUAUGCCAACUACGCAAUCGUAUUCAGCAUCAGCUUUCAAACAAGACAAGCCCUACGAAUACAAGCCUCGAAAUGAAGCGUAUCGCGUUGAUCCACAAGCGUAUCAAUCCCAACAGAACUUCCUUCAGAGAUCGACUCCGCAACCGUACAGUUUUGGUACUGAUCCUAAAUACUCUACAACUUCCGGGAACAAACCUGGCUACAAUCAACAGAUGUCUACUUCUAACUUGCAGGGUCAGUUCGGACCGGUGCAGAAUCCCCUCAUAGCGGCGUCGCAAUAUGUACCAAAACAGCAGGCCAGCCAGAUCCAACAAGGCCUGCACUCUCAUCGUCCUGUGUCCGCUUAUCAAACGACGCAAUCUCAGUUUACUCCUGGGCCACACCAUUCUCCAUCACUUUCACAAAACCAAUGGAGCCCGCAAGUACAGCAAGUCACUGCCCACACUGGCAAACAGUCUCAGAUUAAUAGCCAGCCUUCACGACCUACUCCAGUUCACCGAACUCCACAGCCUCAACAGAAUGCACAGCCAGCACACCCAGGUCAGACCCAUCAAGCAGCGCAACCCCAUCACAUUCAAGCACAGCGCACGCCGCAGGUCCAGCAAUUUGCUCCACCCUCGCAAACGACCCAGCUUAACCAAGUACAGCAAGCACCUAGCACUCACGCUGGUCAAGCUCAGUAUACGACCCCAGCGCAGUAUCAAAAAUCCUCUUCACAAUUUGCUCCGUCGACUCAAUACCGACAGCCUGAUGCUGUGCCGGCGUCGUCGAAGCCUAAUAAUCCCUUUGGCAGUCGACCACAAACUGCUAGACCAACGAAUGUCUUUGCCAAAUACCCUUACUUACAAAAGGAGCACAACAGAUCUCCUCUAGAGUACAAGAGCCCCUACAGACCAGGUGGUGGGUUCAUGAACGGCUACCAAGGUAACAUCGAGAAGCACUUGCAACAGACGAUGUUUGCGAAACGACCCAGUUCAGGAGCCUCAAUGCCAAGUCCAGCUUCAUCGACAUACAGCAGCAACAGCUCAGCACGGCCGCCUUACAAUGCACAGAAUGCGGCUCCAAGCCCGACCUACGCUUCCGCGUAUGGUGCUUCAUAUAAUGCCCAUGCACCCUCGCCAGCAACUUCGUACGCACCCUCUCCUUCAUUGCAACCUCAAUCAUCCAAUAAGGCGCCGGUUUCGACAGCUGCAUCUCCACAUAUGUGGGAGAAGAAGGAAACAGCACAGUUGCAUCCUGCAAUCCGUCAAGAAUAUCAUAGUUCGAUAUUUCAACGGCCUUACAAUCCGCCUCAUCGCGACUCCCCAACUCCAUCUCGCAGUUCUGUGCUUCAACCGCCGCCAUUGUAUGAGCGACCUCCCUAUCAGCCUCCAGUGCACGCAAGUCAAGGCUAUGAUAGCUCGCAAUCCACUCAUGGUACGCCUGUGCAACCUCAACAGCAACCGCCAUCUCAACCGAUGUAUCAUCGUCACUCUGUUCCUCAAUCUCUUUCGGCUUCACAUCCACAGCAAUAUAAUAGACCCGUUGAGCAAUCAAUUCGUCCUCCGAAAUCAUCCACCCCCUCGUAUGCUGCUAGUCCGAGUCCACAUGAUUCUUCGACCGAUAUGCAAGCUACAUUCAGUCAUCAACCGAUGAUUCCACCGGUCAAUACAUCCUAUGUUGCUCCAAAUGUUGGCAGCAAUCUCGACCAAGUCAAGUACGCAUUGAACAAGUCGGAGAGCGCAACUCCCCCGGUGACUGCCAUGUUAUCUGAUUAUGAGCAUACGCCUCUCUCCAUGAUCCAGCCCAAUGCAAGUCCACAACCAAAUUUGCUGCCUAAGCAUGUUCAACAAGGGGCAUCAAAAUCAUCUCCGAAGGGCUUGGGCACAGAAGUCAAACCCAGUCCACAGAAGAUGGCACCUCAAGCCCGGACUGCAGCCAGUUUGGCACAAUCCUUGACACUUCCUCCAAACUACAAGCCAACGACAAUUUUACCCCCGCCAAAGGCAUAUUCAGUCUCCAAACCUAUGGACUCUCAAAACAAGCAUGUGUAUCCACACCACCAGGAGCUCCAGCAAGCAGCUGCCCAGUUUCAAUAUGUCCAAGACGAGCAGUCUACAAAUGGUCAGAACUUUGAGCCUGCAGAUGUACCUCCAAACUCCACUGCUCUAGUUGAGCAAAUGAUGAGGAAUUUGAGGAAGGCGAGAGCACGGGAUUGA